CAGCGGGGCACCGCCCCAGCCGGAACAAGGUCUAAGCUCCCAACAGGUCUGCCGACAUGUGUGUUAGUGUAGUGCACGUACGUGUGUGUGAGAGUGUAAGUAAGGAGUUAGGAUAGGGCAAGGAAGUGAAAAGAAAUAUCAUAUGCAGUCCGUGGCCCGCUUGUUAGGGCACUAUUCCGACAUCCGCUUGGUGUUGAUCGAAGAAACCGUGGAAGAUCAGAGCACCAGGUCGCGAGAAUUAUCCUUCAGUCAGCGACUGACAAUCAGUCGAAAAGUGAUACAUAACAUGAAACAUUUUGCAGAAGAUGCUCAUUGUUGGGGGCAUAAUGCUUAUUUUCAUCGAGCAACAUGUAUGUAUGGAAACCAAGAUGUGAUUCACAUUUAUUUGAAACUGAACGUGUCUUUUUUGCCAGGAUUAUCAAAUACAGUACUGCUGCAGGAAACAAGAUGAGGCGAGCCGACAAGAUAGAGACGUUCUUACUGGCCAAGGGCCACUGGCGCGCUAGCCCUCCUCCUCGGCCCGGCUCAAAUAGUCAUGUUCCAUGCAGUGCAGAACGUGCUGUGGAAAGGCAAUCGAGAACGCGGGCAAGGAAGAAGAAUGCGUAG